GGGUCUCUCGGCGGGAGGCUCAACAAGAACGUUAAUAUUUUGGUCAUAAAGAAAAUAGACCACCAGUCCACUUAAUCACUAGGGCUUUGCUUUCCGAUGCCGCGCUACUCAUCUGACAGGUCCGACUCCCCGGUGCCGGCGAAGGGACACCGUAGUUCCCGAAGAUCCAUUUCGCCGGUCAGGACCAAUUCUUCUCACAAGGCGAGGUCUCCUGCCAGAGAGAAACACUCCUCUCGUGCUAGGUCUCCAAGACGCGCAGAAGUUAAAUCCCCUCCUGCAACCUCGCGGUCUCGGUCUCCUUCCCAAUCGCCGCGGGCAAAGCGCCUGAGGAGGGCUCAGGCCGAGAGAGAGGUGGAGCGAGCAAGCGGAAGGGAGUAUGAAAGAAACGGUGGCAGCAGGGAAAGGGAGAGGGAUAGGGACAGGGAUAGAGCCAGGCACCAGAAGGAGAAGGGUUUUGAAAGAGAAGCUGCAAGGGAGAGAGGUGAGAGGAGGACAGAGAGGGAUAGCAUUCCUGUGGAAACUUCUAAAUCGAGACGCGAGCGCUCGGCAUCUCCGACAGAUCGGCGACGGCGGGAGAAACGGGGUUCGCGCUCGCCUUCUAGAGCCGCCAAGAAUGGGGCGAAUGAGGAGGGAAAAUCUUCAAGAGGAGCGGAACACCAUAGGAGUGAUGAUUCUAUGGCAAAGAUGAAGGCUGCAGAGGAUGACCUUGAAGCAAAGAAAAAGCAAAAUCCAUCAUUUGAGCUGUCUGGGAAGCUUGCUGACGAAACAAAUCGAGUAAGAGGUGUCACCCUGCAGUUUACUGAACCACCAGAUGCUCGCAAACCCGAUAUAAGAUGGCGGCUGUAUGUUUUUAAGGGUGGUGAAGUGCUUAAUGAGCCUCUUUACAUACAUCGCCAGAGUUGUUAUCUUUUUGGAAGAGAGAGGAGAGUGGCUGACAUCCCUACAGAUCACCCAUCAUGCAGCAAGCAGCAUGCUGUCAUUCAAUUCCGGCAAGUUGAAAAAGAGCAACCUGAUGGCAUGUUAUCUAAGCAAGUAAGGCCUUACUUGAUGGACCUUGGAAGCACGAACAAAACUUUCCUUAAUGAUAACCCCAUUGAAUCUCGCCGCUAUUAUGAACUUUUUGAAAAGGAUACAAUUAAAUUUGGUAACAGUAGCCGAGAGUAUGUUCUCCUACAUGAGAACUCAUCUGAUUGAGGCUACGUGCAAUCCAUUGAUUGUGCUGGAUAAAAGGACAUCACCAAUAUCAAGAUUCUUCUCGUGGCCAACUGCUUUAUUGAAAAUAUAUGCCUUGCUGCUCACAAGCAUGUCACUUUUCAUCUCGUUUUAUUUGUUGUAUUUGUACUCUGAAGCGAGUGAAACUGGGAGUGUCUUCUGCGGUACUGCAUGUUUUUUGGCAAUUAAGUCAACACAGCUCAACUUUGUGUUUUCAGUAUGAGGCGAAAACUAGUUUAUUGAACUAUUUAGCAAUUAUUGCAAGGUGCUAUAAUUCUUGGUC